UCCAGACAAACGAAAUGAUGAAAAAUUUGAAUGGGGUUAUCUUGGUUCCAACGGUCCUGCUUACUGGUAUCAAGUUAACGAAACCUGUAAAGGCAUUGGCAUUAAUCAACAAACCCCUAUAGAUCUGAAACUUGAAGAUUUUGUUAACUCUACUAAAAUUGAGUUAAAUGUAGCCAAGGAAACUGAAUUAAUUCUCUUAAAUAAUGGUCAUGCUUAUCAAGUUCAACGCCUUAAGGGUACUAUCGCUGAGCCAACAUUGAAUUAUGAUGCAACUUUGAAAGAUG